CUGUCUUGUGCACAGAAUUGUCAUUGACUGUGUCUGUACCUAAUGCAUCUGCAUUCUAGCAUCUCGAUUCCCCCUGUGCUGUGCAGUUCAGUAUUUGAAUGUUCAUGUGCUGUGACGAUACACGGACGGAUGUUCUUCCCCCGUUCCACGCGAUCAUGCUCCCGUUGCCUGGAGUUACAAAAGCUGUCGGUGUCGGUGUCCAUGACGCGGAGGAUACGGAAACAAGUAAGACUAACCACGGCGGAGGCGACAGACAGCACCCUGCGGGCAACUGGGACUUGGCUGGUUCUAGAGCUGCUCGGAGGAUCAUGUCAGCAUCGGCUGUUUUCAUUCUCGACCUCAAGGGGAAGGUUCUAAUAUGCAGAAACUACAAGGGUGAUGUAGACAUGAAUGAAAUUGACUACUUCCUCCCGAUGUUGAUGCAGGAGGAGGAUGAGGGGAUGAGUUCCCCGUUCCUCAUCCACGGACAUGUUCACUUCCUCUGGAUAAGGCACAACAACUUGUAUUUGGUAGCAGUGACAAAGAAAAAUGCAAACGCAGUGCUAGUUUUUGCAUUUUUAUAUAAAAUUAUUCAGGUUUUCACAGAAUAUUUUAAAGAGGUGGAGGAAGAAAGUAUUCGCGAUAACUUUGUUAUUGUCUAUGAACUUUUGGAUGAGUUGAUGGAUUUUGGAUUCCCACAAACGACUGAUAGUAAGAUUCUUCAAGAGUACAUCAUCCAGCAGGGGCACAAGUUGGAAGUUGGAGCACCCCGUCCCCCUGCUACUCUCACAAAUGCGGUGUCCUGGAGAUCAGAGGGCAUCAAAUACAGGAAGAAUGAAGUAUUCAUUGACUUGAUCGAAUCUGUCAACUUACUGGUGAGUGCGAAUGGCAGUGUCCUGAAAAGUGACAUCAUUGGAAAUGUAAAGCUGAAGGUCAUUCUGUCAGGAAUGCCCGAACUACGACUUGGUCUUAACGAUAAAGUUCUGUUUGAGAUCUCUGGACGGGACAAGACUAAAUCUGUGGAACUGGAAGAUGUAAAGUUUCAUCAGUGUGUGCGCUUAUCCCGUUUUGAAAAUGAUCGAACUAUAUCUUUCAUCCCCCCAGAUGGGGAGUUUGAACUCAUGUCUUAUCGGCUGUACACUCAGAUAAAGCCCUUGAUCUGGAUUGAGUCAGUGAUUGAGAAAUACUCGCACAGUCGAGUAGAAAUUAUGAUUAAGGCUAAGAGUCAAUUUAAACACCGUUCUACAGCUAACAAUGUUGAGAUUUUAGUACCAGUUCCCAGUGAUGCUGAUUCACCAAAAUUCAAGACAAGUACAGGCAAUGCAAAAUGGGUACCAGAGAAAAACGCUGUCCUUUGGUCAAUCAAGUCUUUUCCUGGUGGCAAGGAGUACUUGAUGCGGGCUCACUUUGGCCUCCCGAGUGUGGAGAGUGAGGAACAGGAAGGAAAGCCACCAAUCACUGUUAAAUUUGAAAUUCCGUAUUUCACUGUCUCGGGGAUUCAGGUACGCUACCUGAAAAUCAUUGAGAAGAGCGGCUACCAAGCUCUGCCCUGGGUUCGGUACAUUACCCAAAGUGGAGAUUAUCAAUUACGCACGAAUCAAUAGGAGCAUUGCUGUCCAGAGGAAUUUUCCAAGAAUGCAAUUUGUGAAUGAAGUUCUGAAAAAGGAAUGAAUCUUAAUUCUUGACUCCUCAAGACAUCAAGCUGAUCGCUUACAGAUUCUACAGAGAGAAAAUUCAAAACACAGUUCCUACCAGAAAAGUUAGGAAAAUGUGACUGUGACUUUGACUUCUGUGUUGCUUCUGGAUACAUAUUAGGUUAUUAUUUCAUUAUUAUUCUUUCGCUGUUAGUUGGAAACAAUCAGGUCAGUGUUACCGGGCAGGUUAAUUGCUGCUCCCUGCUGGACUUUCUGCCAUAGAGUUUUAACUCCUGAUGCUACUAACGUGGAAGACCUUGUAAUUUCAGCAUUUUUAUUGAGUUUCUGUGGAGAAAGGUCUGAUUUCUAAGGGCAUAAUAACAUAGAAACUAAGAGUAGGAGUAAGCAAUUGAGUCUGCUCUGCCAUUUGAUUCGAUCAUGGCUGAGCCCAUUUCAGCCUCAACUCCACUUUCCUGCACAAUCCCUAAAACCUUUUAACCUGUUACUCAUUAAAAAUCUACCUCCUGACAUCCACCACCCUCUGGAAUAGCGAAUUCCAUCGAUUCAGAACCCUUUGAGAGAAGUAAUUCUUCCUCAUCACUGUUUUAAAUCUGCUGCUCCUUAUCCUAGACCCAUCCGAGUCAGACUCUCCCACAAGGGAAACGUCCACUCUACGUUUACUUUGCCAAUUUCCAUCAGCAUCUUUGUAUACCUCAAUUAAAUCUCAUCUCAUUCUUCUAAACUCUAGCAAGUAUAGGCCUCAGCUGCUCAAUCUCUCCUCAUGAAACAAACCUUCCAUCACUGGAAUUAGUUGCAUGGACCUUAUCUGAACUGCCUCCAAACCAACUAAUACAAGUGAAACUUGACAAAUGCAUAUCCACUGGGAGCGACUAGGGGAUCUGGUUCCUUUGUUUGUCUGUAACUCUUGGCUCCAGUUUGCCACUCCCAAUGCACAACCAAAUCCCAAAUUGUACCUCUGAUUUUUUUUGCUUUUUAUGUAGGGAUGAACCUCUGGAAUCAGAAGUGAAGAUGGUUGUAACAUCUCCCAUUCCAUGAAUUGUAUUUGUUUCCUCGCAUUGGGCAAAAAUAAUGGGAGAAAAUAAACAACAAAAACAAGUGAAAGAAACAGAAUGGUAAAUGUUCUUAUUGUCUGCCUGGAGAUCUGUUAUAAUGACCUGUUUUAUGCAACAACUUCUGUGAGCAAGAAGCAUCCUUACCUUGCAGGUAGAUUUAUUUUCAUGAGGUCACCACCUUAUUAUAACUUACAGUUUGCCUGUUCCUAACAGUUCCACCAAUAUUAAGGGGAGGUUGUGGCAUAAUGAUAAUGUCACUGCAGUAGUAAUCCACAACCAAACUAAUGUUCUGGAGCCUUGAGUUCAAAUCACACCUUCAAGACAAUCUGAAAUUGAAAGGAUAGCACUGCUGCCUCACAGCACCAGGGUUCGAUACCAACCUUGGGCAAUCGUCUGUAUGAGCUUGCACAUUCUCCCUACAUCUGUGUGGGUUUCCUUUUGUGCUCUGGUUUCCUCCCAUUGUCCAAAGAUGAGCAGGUUCGGUAGAUUGACCAUGCUAAAAAUUAACCUAUAGUAUCCAGGGAUGUGUAGAUUGUACCAUGUGUGUACCAUGUGUUAGCCAUGGUAAAAGGCCCAUGCAGGGUUACAGAGUGGGUUUGGGUCAAAUGCUCUCUUUCUGCACUGUAGCAAUUCUAUGAAAACUAGCCUUACGGUAUCCAGAGUUGAUUGUUAUUAAAACCCAUCUGGUUCACUAAUGUCCUUUAGGGAGGGAAACCAAUCUUCCAUACCUGGUCUAUGACUCCAGAACCACAGUAAGGUGGUUGACUCUUUACUGUCUUCUGGGCAAUUGGGAAUAGAUAAAUGCUUGCCAAACUAGUGACGUCCACAUCCCAUGAACCAACAGACACCAGCUAUUUCAUUAUUAUUCCUUCGUUGUCACAGAAAGGAGAAUGCUGCCAGGUAGGUUAAUUGCUAAUCCCUGCUGUUUUUUUGUGUCGUACAGUUAAUUUCAGAUGCUAAUAAUGCACCUGAACUAAACAAACAUCAUUGCAACAUUUUCACUAAGCUAAUGUCUUUGAUGUUAGUAUAUCUACUUUAUUUCUAUCACUUACCCAAACAUCAGGGGAGACUAUCACUGAGUUUUCUAUUUGUAAGCAAGUUUAAUGAGCCCAGUGAGAAAACUGAGGUCAUUUGACAUUGUCCCACUAAUGAUAGGAGCUGCCUGACACCCUCAGAACCAGCAAGAUCCCUGCUAUUACUGGGGCACUGGGAGAGCAUGACCAUGCUUCCUUUCAAACUUAGCAAGCUGCAGGAUGUUGAACUCAGAGCCUCCAAAGCACUGGCCUAACCUUCCACUGAAUUUGUAACCAAAGGCUCCAUAACUAAGCACCAAGUUACUUUCAUGUAUUCAGUGAAAGUCAGAUCAUUAUCUGGUCUGAUGAGCAGCCUAAAAGAUUUGGUUGAAGACUGCUGAACCAGAAAAGGUAAGUUUUGUUAAAAUGUUAAGUUGUUAAAACCUGAACAUGAACCCAGGGCAUACAGGAGCAGUCCUUCCAGCCACUCAUUAAAAAUACAGACCAUGGCUGCCUGUAAUUUUACUUUAUCCCAGUUUGUCCUGCCAAGGAAAAUGUCGUGUGUCAGUGGAUGGUUGACCAGCUGAAAGGUUUUGAAGAUGUGAGUGUGAAGCUAGACUUGUGUGGAAAGUGGAUGGCAGGAAUCAAGUUGAGGAAGUGAGGAGAAUAAGUGUGAGGACGGUGUGCACAGCAUAUCAGAUGGAAGUUGUGUGGAAUGUGCUGCUGUAAUUGAAAAGCAAAGAAGCGGAAGCUUGGAAGCUAACGGGUUAUUUAGGUCUAAUAGAAUAAAAGAGAUGCGAGUAUGAAUCUUAAGUGUUCUGGUCAGGUGUUUGAUUCUUAUUUUCUUACAUUUCAGUCAGCUCCUAGAUGUUAUACUCUUGUAUUUGCUGACUCAACCUUGUCAGCCUACCGCUGCCAAAUUGUUGGCUUUGACACAUUCUCCCACCAGUCAAAAACUGGGCACCUCUUGUUCAGCUGCGGAACCUGUGCAGGGCUUGAGGUUUAGAAUCAUAGAACCCCUACAGUGUAGAAACAGGCCAUUAGGCCUAACAAGUCCACACAACCCUCCAAAGAGUAUCCCACCCAGACCCAUUCCCCUACCCUAUUUCUGCAUUUCCCCUGACUAAUGCAGCUAACCUGAACAUUAUGGACCAUCUAGCAUGGCCAAUUCACCUAAUCUGCACAGCUUUGGACUGUGGGAGGAAACCAGAUCACCCGGUAGAAACCCAUCCAGAUAUGGGGAGAAUGAGCAAACUACACACAGUCAGUCACCCGAGGCUGGAAUCAAACCCAGAUCCCUGGUGCUGUGAGGCAGCAGUGCUAACCACUGAGCCACCAUGCCACCCCUACAUUUGUGGCCGUUGCAUUCGCUAUAUUCUCCACUUUCAAGCACUGAACAGGCAAAGUACUUCACAAGUUGAAGUCUUCCUUUAAAUGCUGCCUCUGCUGUGCAAUGAUCCUGCAGUCCCAGUGGGCAAGUUGCCAGCGACCAUUGGGAGUAUCACUGUCAGUUUAUCGAUCAUAACCAAAUGAGGCAUGGAGCCAAACUUGUGUUGUUCCUCUUGCGCACGUCAUUAGGUGCUGGCCCUGCCCACAUGACCCCAUUUUGCGUGGAAAUUGAACUCCUCUGCCAGUAAUCCUUCUUACGUUGUCACUCAAUCCACUGAUUUACGUUCCUUACUCACCACUCCCAGUACUAAUGUAUCUAUUGUGGGUUUUUUUUCUCUGCUUGCACAUUUUCAGUAGGGAAAAUGUUAAAGUUGCAAGCUCUGAGUGGUGAAUAAGCAGCACCAAACUUUCAUGACACAUCAAGCAUGGCUGGCACCUGCUGAGAAUGAGUAAGCCCUUCCACAGGGGCCCUGGGAACUAUGUGAAUAGGACAGGCAACCCUGAAAUUCCUUACCAGGAUUGCAGAUAAGCUGGGCCGCUAAAUGUUGUUGACAAUAAUUAUUUCACCAUCAAAUCUGAAGAAAGCAAAAUCGAGAAAGAGGAAAAAAAAGAGAAGUUCAUAAAAAAAACCCCAAGGUUUUAAAAUAGAAAAACAAAAAUGUUUUUUUAAAUCUCCAACAAUAAUUGAAAUUGAGGUGAAUGAAUCACCACACUUGUAAAAAUUGAUUUUCAGGAUUCUAGUAUUUUGCAGUAAACAUGUAGUUGAAAAGUUACUGUCACCGAGGUGGACAAGUGUUUAAACUGAUGUGUUUAUAGGCAUCUGUCAUAAUUUCAUUUGUUUCUGUGCUGAGUCACAGGAUGAAAUAAAGGUAUUGCAAAACUUCUAGAGGGGCAGGCCAACAUGGAUAAAAGCUUUCUGGUUUAGUGUUUAAUUGCAUGUGUUGGACAUUGCUACUGAAAUUACUGCCAUAAUAAAACUGGUGUAAUCAUUAUUUAUGCAGCAACAUUCAGCAUAUACAUACAUAUUCAAAAUCCUGUGGUCCACUCUCCACAACAUGAUGCAGGUGCUAUGAGUAAUACAAAACCUCAGCAUUCAAUGAAGCUUGCAUUUGGCCUGCAGUAGGUGGAUUCCUCUUUCCCCUUCCCCAACCCUUUAUCCACCAUAACCCCUUUCUCCUCUGCACUCUCUCCUCCUCACCUCUCUCCCCUCUUACCCCACCUUUUCUCGCAAACUCAAAAACUUCCGAACUCACUUGAAUUGUUCAGGUACCAACUUCAGGCUCCUCCAAUUAAUAGAGCUCCCAGAUUUUCACUUUUGUGAGCUACUCUCUAGUGCUUAUUGACAACAUGAUGAUGAGACUGAGGCUAAAAGCUUUGAGGAACUCAUGCUGGUUGGUUUGGGCAGUUGAAUAACCACACAUAAGGUUUAAAAUUUCUCUCGUUCUGGCCUUUCGAAAAUCCACAUUUUAGUUACUUUACUCCAUCUUUGGUGGCAUAACCCCUAACCCUGGAAUUCUCUUCAUAAAAAUCCCCAUGGGUUCUCCUUCUUUCUGAUAUUCCUUAGAAUCAAUGUUUUUUAUCAAAAGUUUUCACUCAGCUGUCCUUGUAUUCUGCUACGUGGCUCCGUGUUGUAUUUUAUUUUAUAAUACCUCUGUGAAUUAUCUUAACACAGCUU